GAUGGGGGGCGAAAAGCGCCUGGUUUUGGUGAAGAGGCCUCUGGAAGAGUCGGGAGGAACCUCUGGGGUGUCGGCGGACCUCAGCCCUGUGGGUUGCCCCCCCCCCCCAGGUUAGGGGCCUAUGUGGCCCUUAGCGGUGGGGGCUCCGGCGUCCCCGUGGGCUCCCGGCCCCGCCCUCUUCGGAGAUGAGAGGAGGGGUAGUGAGCUCUCCUGUCCCCUCCCCGGGCCUGUAUUGGUGCCCCGCAGGGCGGUUUGGUGGAUUCCGGGAAUGGCUUCCUUUGGAUGGAAGAGGAAAAUUGGUGAAAAGGUCUCAAAAGUCACAUCCCAGCAGUUUGAAGCGGAAGCUGCUGAUGAGAAGGGCUUAGUGGAGAAUGAUGAAGUUAACUGGCUCCAUGCAAUUAAACGAAAGAAAGCAAUUCUCCUAGAAGACUGUGCAGAGAAGAGUAAACGGCUAAAGGAUGAAGGUGCAAUUCUGGCAGAAAAUAGAAGGUACUGGGAGGCAAUUCACAAAUGGGAUGAAGCACUUCAGUUAACUCCAGAUGAUGCUACCCUGUAUGAGAUGAAAUCACAGGUUCUGAUGUCUCUUCAUGAAAUGUUCCCUGCAGUUCAUGCAGCAGAAAUGGCUGUUCAGAGAAAUUCACAUUCAUGGGAAGCUUGGCAAACUCUGGGACGUGCUCAGCUUGGAUUAGGAGAGAUUGUCUUGGCAAUUCGAAGUUUCCAAGUGGCCUUGCACAUCUAUCCAAUGAAUCCUGAAAUAUGGAAAGAAGACCUCUCCUGGGCAAGAACAUUGCAAAAGCAGCAGAAAGCAGCGCAGAAGGUUAAAAGAACUGAAACGCCAGCUGAAGAAAUACAGUUGUCACCAACCUCGAUUCCAGACUAUGACUUUGAAAGUGAUGAGAUUGUUGCUGUUUGUGCAGCAAUUGCAGAAAAACACAAGCCAGUUUCAGCAAAUAAAACAAUGGUGAUUGUGUCAGCAUCCGGGACUGUAGAGACCAUCACUGAGAAGGAAGAUGGUGCCACAAUUCCAGAUGGUUCUGUUUUUAUCAAAGCUCGAUAAAGCAAUGCAUGUAGCUUGAAUCUGGCAUGUUGGGCAUCACUUAAAAGUUUUAGCAGCAGAGAAAACCAUCCUUAAGGAACAGGGUGAAACCAAUAUUUUUGAGAUGAGAAAUUUGAAAACUUAAUGGUAGAAUCAUUGCAUAAUGUCUGGUCAGCAUUUUGAUGACUCUUGACUUAGAAUUGCAACCUCAAGAAAUGUGAGUAAAAUGUUGAGUGAUUAACAUAUUUUGUUUAGGUUUUUUUAUGUAAAAGCACUCAUUUUAUUAAUGCAUAAUUUGAAAAGCAAAAGCUUGUUCAAAAAUACUGCAGGUCCCCUUUGUCCUUUGUGGAUUGAUAUGAAGACCUUUAUUGUGAAUUGACUAUUCCAAUUUAUAUUUAUCUUUUGAAAUUGGCAAAAGUAGCAGGCUUUUUCUCCCUCUUCAAAAUAUAUUAUUUAGGUGAAAAGAAGAUGGAACCCAAGUAGACCCUAAAAAUAUUUAAGCAUUGUAACAAAAAAGGAGAGGUAAUAGUCAGAGUAUCAUUAGGAAUAUGGAAUAUAGGAAUGUCAUUCAGAACCUUGGAGACUUCAAAAAGUAUGCAUGUCUAUACAUUAUAAUCAAUUUCUGAUACUUCUCUUAACUGAUCCAUACUUUUGGUCUGGGUUUUAAUAUUAGAAAAGAAAAAAAUUACUGAUUUGUAAUGGUUUUCUUUCCCUUCAACAUUUAUCAGAUGUGUCAAAUCCAUGAUAAAAAGCAUUAUUCUGGCACUAAGGAGUAAGUAGUCCUUGCCACAAAUUAAUCAUUUUUUAAAAAUGUGGACUUUUAAAAUUAUUAUAUUUUUUUACAGUUAGAGCACAGCAACAUACACACCCUUUUCCAGUUUAAAUUCUACAAAAAGUUAAAAUUAUCUUUAUGGUUAUUUUAAUAUGUGAUAUUUAAGAGGGUAGAUUUUUAUUUUCAGGCUGUGGAUCUCAAUAGGAGCUAUCUCAUUUGGAUAAGAACAUGGCUUAGCAUUAAAAACUAGUUAAAUUUUGUCCUUCAAAAAAUGAGGAUGAAGUUAUUAGUUCUUAAGUCACUAACUCGUCAUAUCUAUAAUUAAAAUCUAAAAGUUCAUUUUUUAUAUUGCUAACCAUUGGAAAUUACUGAAGAUAUCUUUGAAUGAAAACUAUCAAAUGCAUAGAAAAUUAAACAUCUUUGCUAAUGCAAGUUGAUUUUAUAAUCCACCAGUGUAAUAUACUGUUAAGAAGAAGUUUUAUCAUAUUCCUGAAUCUCAGAAAGAUAUUUUUUGGUCUUAAGAUUCAUUACCUUUGACAGGAAUCAGAGUAAUCUGCUUCAUUAUGUGGAUUUCCCCCCCCCCCCCCCAUCUACUUUGGAGGCAGAUAAUUGGAUGGCUUUUUGACAGGAUCUAUGGGUGCAUUACUCAGAGAUGGAGAAAUCAGCAGAUUAAUUCUGCUGUAGAAAGUAUUGUACUAUGUAUUUGAUCUAUCAGGGAGGUGGUUCCAGUUACAAUGGUAAGUUUAAGAUAGCUUCAAAAGAAAAUACUUAAUGUUUUAAAUAAUAAUUACAAAUUGGUUAAGCAUAGAUGUGAACAGUCUUGUAAUUUAACAUAUUGUUUUGUGUGAUGGAUAUAUAUGCUUUCUUGUUUAUUGUAAAAUCCAUGUAUAAAUAAAGUUGUGGGGUUUUCUGCAAUUUCCAAUUUUAAUUUUACUUAGUGUGGGAGAUUUUUGAAAACAGUACAAUAAACUAUUGUUUCCUAUGUAUGUCUCCUUUCUUAGGAGAUAACUUCAUUUGUAGAUAUUUAAUCUUAUUCUAUUUUUUUCAGUUUUGGGAAGAGUGAUGUAAAAACAGAGGAUAAUCAGUUAAAUUGUUUUAUGAUCUUUCCUUCACAUGAAAGUGAAGCCUCUGCCAGGGUAUAUGGUUAUUACUAUAAGUUAUCAGCCCAUGGAGCUGCUGUCCAACCAUUAGAAUCUUUCAAAAUUAACCCCAAACUUAAUUUGUCAUUUUUCCUUUGCAUGUAAACUAGGCUGUUCCCUCUUUAGUCAAAUAAAGCAUCGUACUAUUGCUUAUG